AACGUCGUUGCCCAGUUUUGUGUCUUCCUCUUUUGUUUAAUGCGAGUUAUGCGAAGUUUGCGUUGCCAAAAGUUAAAGACUGCCGUGACGCAAUUUCACUGUGUGAAUCCUGGCCAAAACCGCAAUGCCAACUGCGCGCGUUUUUAUCGAUCAAACAGUCGCACAUGUGAACCUUUGCCAGCGCCAGUUGAGGUGUGUGUGACUGUGUGUGUGUAUGGCAACGUCAAAAGUGCCAAGCAAUACAUUAGACAGGUUAGCGGCAGCUAUCGUCAACGUGGCUGUGUGCCACUCAUUCAGCCCAACUCAGGGCAAACGGCCAGUUAAUACCUGGGCGAUAGGGCGACGCAUAGUCUUCACGCUGAUUGGAAUCUAUAAGUUCUAGCCAAGACAUCGCACGCGAAUUGGCGAAAGUGAAAGGCCCAAGUGGAUAAAUCAAAAAAAAAAAAAAAAAAGAAAGAAAAGAAAGCCGUCUGCCAAGACAUAAAUCCAAAAAGUGGGCGGCCAAUGUAUGGGCGUUAAUUGAAAUUCUAUUUUUAAUUUGCGAGCAAAGCGGGUCAAUGCGCUGGCAGCUGGAGUCAUCGAAGGAGACGCGUCAUCAGCAGCAGUAGCAGCUGUAAUCCAAUCAAGUUGCAAGCGGCAUGGGCGAUUCAGGUGAGUGUGGCAGAUGCCUUGAGCUGGCUGCUGCUGCUCCCUUCUUCGCUUCUUCUUUUUUUUUGUGGUGCAACGGGGAGGCAACGCAACCGCGACUAUUCAAUUUGACGUUUGAGGCGGCAGUUUCGUGGCAGUUGCAGCUACAAAAAGUUGCACCAGUUGCGAUAACCAAGACACGCAUACAUGUGCCCUCUCGAUUGCCUGCUGUCGAGUUUAAAGAUAGAACCCCGGCAGGAUUAACCUUUUACGAUAUGGUAAGGCGUUGCUGUUGAAACUUAUGACAGCUUUGCUGCAGGAUUAGAAAGUUGCAUUAGUUGCCUUAGAAGAGUCUUAGACACUAGCAGCUUUCACGGAGAUUUGCCAAAAUGUUGGGCAUAGCCUGCGAUCCGUUGCAGCAUACGAGCAUGUAUGAUCGCGGCUCAGAUGAUAGCGAGGACAGCGAUGGUGAGGGCGGACUGGGCAAUGUCUCCCGAGUGAUAAUCCGUCCGCCCGGGCAGAGCGGCAAGGCCAAACGUGGCCACUUGUGCUUCGAUGCGGCCUUUGAGACCGGCAAUCUGGGCAAGGCGGAGCUGGUGGGCGAGUUCGAGUAUGAUUUGUUUCUGCGGCCAGACACCUGCAAUCCGCGCUUUCGCUUCUGGUUCAAUUUCACAGUCGACAAUGUGAAACAGGAUCAACGCGUGCUCUUCAACAUUGUGAACAUCAGUAAGAGCCGCAAUCUGUUCAACUCCGGUCUGACGCCGCUCGUCAAGUCGUCCAGCCGGCCAAAAUGGCAGCGUCUGCCCAAGCGUCAGGUCUUCUUCUAUCGCUCCGCCAUGCACCAGGGACACUAUGUGCUCAGCUUUGGCUUCAACUUCGACAAGGAGGAGGAUGUGUAUAUGUUUGCCCUGGCCAUGCCAUACAGCUACUCCCGCUUGCAAUCCUAUUUAAAUGUGAUCGAUGCACGCCAGGGCAACGACAAGCGUUUCACACGUUGCGUUCUGGUCAAAUCUUUGCAAAAUCGCAAUGUGGAUCUGCUUACAAUUGAUCAGGUGACGCACAACCAGCGGUCGACGAACCGGCUCGAGCGUAGCUUUAUACGGGUCAUCGUCAUAUUGUGUAGAACGCAUUCGAGCGAAGCGCCCGCGUCUCAUGUGUGCCAGGGCUUUAUCGAGUUUCUAGUGGGCAAUCAUCCCAUUGCGCAAGUGCUGCGCGAGAAUUUUGUAUUCAAAAUAGUGCCAAUGGUCAAUCCGGAUGGUGUCUUUCUUGGCAACAAUCGCUGCAAUUUAAUGGGCCAGGACAUGAAUCGCAACUGGCAUGUGGCGUCCGAGUAUACCCAGCCGGAGUUGCAUGCCAUCCGGAAUGUGCUAAAAGAGUUGGAUAAUUCAGAUACCUAUCAGAUUGACUUUGUGAUUGAUCUGCACGCGAACAAUAGCAUGCACGGCUGCUUCAUCUAUGGCAAUACGUACGAGGACGUCUAUCGGUAUGAGCGGCAUCUCGUCUUUCCACGACUCUUUGCCAACAAUGCCAAAGAUUACAUUGCCGAGCACACAAUGUUCAAUGCGGAUGAGCGUAAGAUGGGCAGCGUCCGACGCUAUUGCUGCGAGCGUCUCAGCGACACGGUGAAUGCCUACACGCUGGAGGUGUCCAUGGCAGGUCACUAUCUGCGCGAUGGCAAGACCAUUGCGCUGUACAACGAGGAUGGCUAUCAUCGAGUUGGGCGCAAUCUGGCGAGGACUCUGCUUCAAUACUAUCGCUUCAUCAAUGUGCUGGCCGUGCCGCUGGUAUCGGAGUUGCGGCAGCAGGGCAAGCGACGUGGCAGGCCGCGUACACAUCAUUCGCGCUCACGCUCCAGGACACGUUACGAGGUGAAGCCGCGGCCAAAGACGACACGAUGCCAUGCGCCCAUUGCCUACACCAAUCUAAGCAUUUGCUACGACUCAACUGGCGGCGGCGGCGGCGGCGGAGUUGGCGGGGUCUCCUCUGACGAGGGCGGCUUUUCACCGACGCGUCCCAUGCCCAUUGCGCCCAGCAGCAGCUGCUUCAGCGGCUAUCGCAAUUAUCGGCGCGCCGUAACUGCCAGUUGUGGCCACCAUGAUCAGUAUUCCCUUGGCGUUAGCGAGCCGGGCGCAGGCAGUCGCCAUAAGCGACGCGCUGCCGCCGCCGCUGUCGCACCCUCCAUUGAGGUGCCAUUGACGGUGCCUGUGCCGCCCAAGCCGUACCUGUCCAUUAUCGACCUGAAUCAGCUGACUCGUGGCAGCCUUAAGCUGAAGGCGAGCAGUUUCGAUGCCGACGAUCGACGCUAGGUUGAAGUUAAUUUGUGACUCUAAUUGAUUUUAUAUGCUUAACGCUUGUUGCAGUCGUUUCCCCAAAUAAACAGUUAUAUCUAAUCGAGACCUUUU